AUGGCUAAUAGUGGUUAUAAGGUUAUCCUACAGCCAUCGGACUAUACAAGCUUAGAGUUUGCAGCCGAGCCAGACUCAGAAAUGCCCGGUGAAUAUGAUUCUAGAAUACGACACAUCAAUGCCACAAAGGUUUUCAACUUCCUGCCUGAAAAUCUGUGCUGUAAUUUUGAACUAACAGAUGCGGGAUCGUUUGGCUGCACAGUCCCGGAUCAAUGUGAACGACUGACUGAAAAAGACAAUAUCUUAGGUAUGCAAGCAUCACUUAGCACAAGGUUUGUAAAGGAUGAGGAUACUUUGUUUAAAUUGUUGUUACCUCGACUGAUACCUUUUGCCGAGAGAGCAUACCACAAAGCAAAAUGGGAAGACACUUACUUACCUCCUACACAAAUCUUUAACCCUCAAACUGGUCCGGAAGUCAUAUUUUCAAAACCAGAUCUCGUUGCACGUGACAAAGACUGGACACGUGUUGCCAGUAUCAUCGGAAAUAAAGAAUAUCCACGAUUGGUUAAUGUUUUGAAUGUAAAACCAAAUGUACUACCGCCUGGUGCAAAGAAAGAAAAACGGGGAACUAGAGAUAUAUUACGAGUUGACACAUCUUACCCUGGACUAACUCCGCAAAUAAAGAGUUCCCUGGCAGAUUGGAGUAACAUCAAAAACACAACUGAUGUUACUACUCUAAAAUUGAAAGACUUUCAAAUGCGCACUUUAUUUAAUGGCAAGCAGAACAGAAGACUUGAGAGCAUUGAGCAGACGAUGCCGUUAGUCUAUCUGAGUGUAAAACAAGAAAUCCUGGCUAAUGUAACCAAAAUCCGUCGAGAGAUGGAGCUUCAACGACAAAGACAAAUGCAGGCAGUUCAAGAAAUGGAGUUGAGAAGAAGACAAGCUAUGCAGCAACAACAACAGCAAGCUAAUCAAUUUGCAAGAGCUCAGAUGGGUGGCGGACAGUUCAAUCAGUUUGGAAUGCCUCAACAACCAGCUCAACCGGGAAGUACAGGUGUAACAAACCAACAAACGGCGCAACAAGCUGCCGGAACACCCAAUCGACAAAAUCGUCAGUUUACUGGUACAGGAUAACCACAACUUCUUCAUUCUAAAAUGACUAUAGUGAACAGAAACGGCAUUUCUACAAAAAGUGUUGAACUCGCCAUGGUCUUUCUGCCGUCCAUCCAGAUUUUAGCAAACGGCUUUGUGAAUGUGUCUUACUUUUUUGAUAAUAAAACUAACUUUAUUUUGUUAA